CUGAAAGCUGCAUGUGAACACAGCCAACAGCCUGCAGCGCUGUGGACCUUCUGGAACAGCGCAGUGCUGCGUGGGGCCAACAUACAAACCCCUCCAGGAUGCUUCAGAGGUGUCUCAUGGAAGGAUGAUAUCUAACUAUGAGGAGAUUUUUUUCUUCGUUUUCUAGCCACCCCCUGUGUCGCUUGGAGGCAGCUUUUAUAUAACUUGCCACCAACAUGAUUUGGGCUGUUUGCACGCUCCUGUGUUGCCUUUUGACGCCAGCAGCUGGACACCAAACACCGGAGAGACUGCCUUUCUUUCACGGCCAUGUCUUUGAGAACUCCCCGACGGCUUCCAAAGUGAACGGACUGAGCAUCCCGGUGAGGCGCAUGAACGCGCAAAGAUGGUGUCCAGUGCCGGGGAUGCACCUCAAAGUCUACGGAAACGGCAGCCAGGAUUUCCGCGCCUUCGCCCACCACAAGCGGGGGAAUAUAUUGUUAAAAACUUCCAAGGUACUCGACCGGGAGGUCCGCACAGACUACCUGCUGAGAGUCGCUCUGUGCUGCAACACCUGCGCGUCGGACGCGGUGCUUCUGGAUGUCGCGUCUGUAAAAGUGGACGUUUUGGACACAAACGACAAUCAGCCCACUUUUGUGGAAUCAGAAGCCGUGCAUAUAACUUUAGAUGACACCACUGCUCUUCGGAGCGUUGUUUGCAGGCUGAAAGCUGUGGAUGCGGACAGCGGCAUGAACGCAGAUUUGACAUACAUUUCAGUGCCCAAAACCGGCACUUUUUAUGUCGUGCCUAAAACAGGCGAAGUUUUGCUGCUCGACUCCCUUCUGGGCUUUCAAUCAGCGGUUGAAUUCCGCGUUUUUGCCACUGAUCACGGAUGGCCCUCCUUGACGAGCAAAGGCGUGGUGGUCACCGUUUCUCCACGAAAGUGGCUGGAGAAAGCGAGGCCACAGAGGUCCAGACGCGCACCCAGGGCGUCACUGGAUCCUGCCGCCUUGGUCUCCCUCAACGUCUCUGAGGAUGCCAGCAUCGGCUCAGUCAUAACGAGCCUGAAUCCCAGCAGGUUUCAGUCUGCCAGCUUUGAGCUCAUUUACCCGGAGCCACAGAGUUCCCCUGUCUCUGUGGGUCACGACAGUGGAGAUAUCACCAUCACCAGGAGCUUGGACAGGGAGUCAGAACCUUUCGUGGAGCUCACUGUUAAGAUUCAGGAUAAACGAGGCUCUGACUGGUACCUGAGCAAGGUGAAGCUGACAAUCACCGAUGUCAAUGACAAUGUCCCAGAGUGGAAUAUGAAGCCUUUCCCGUACCAGGCUGGAGUGUCCCCCGAUGCCCCUGCAGGAACCUUUGUCUACCAGCUCCAGGCUCUUGACGGGGACGAGGGCAGUAGCGGAGAGGUGGAAUACUUUUUGGGUGAUGGAGGUGAUAGCUGCUUUGCUGUGGACAGGAAGACAGGUCAGGUGGUGACCACAGGCCACAUGCUUCAGAGGGGCAGAGAGUACUUGUUAAGUGUAGUGGCCACUGAUGGCUUGGGCGGCCGCAGUGCACCCGCUAUGCUCUCUGUAGUCGCCGGAGCCAGAGCGCCGCAGUUCACCAAUACGAGUUACUCCAUCUCCAUACCAGAGAACACGCCUGAAGGACAGCCUUUCCUAGCUGUGUUUGCCAUUUCCUUCCAAAAGCAGCCCAUCAGCUACAGCCUGCUGAUCAAUCCAAGCAGCCUUUUCAGCAUUCAGCAGGAGUCAGGGGAGAUCAGUCUGACCCGGACGCUGGAUUACGAGAGUGACCAGCGACGGUACCUACUGAUGGUGCGAGCCAGCGAGGAACCGGGCAGCCUGAGCACGGCCACAGAGGUUCAGGUGCUGAUAACAGACGAGAAUGAUUGUGUCCCAGAGUUCCUCCAAUCCAUCUACAGCGUGGAUGGAGUCCCAGAGACUGUAACCACGGCAACAUCUCUGCUGCAGGUGUUGGCCACUGACUGUGACUCAGGGUUAAAUGCGGAGCUAACCUAUUACACCCUGAGCCCAGACUUCAGCAUUUCACCACAUGGUACCAUUUUCCCUGCGGCUCGGCUUGACUAUGAGAGGCCUAACCAUCUCUAUGAAUUUGUGGUGAUGGCGGUAGAUGGUGGGGAUGGGCCUCACUCCGGCACCGCCACAGUCCGCGUGAGGAUGGUAAAUGUCAAUGAUGAAGCCCCAGAAUUCUCCCAGCUCAUAUAUCGAACGUUUGUUUCUGAGGAUGCAGGCCCAAACACCCUUGUUGCCACAGUCCUGGCCAAAGACCCUGACGGCGAUGGGAUCAUCUACUCUAUAACGGCCGGGAAUGAGGAGGGGAACUUUGUCAUUGACAGCCAAAAAGGGUUAAUUCGACUCCGCUCCACCCCCUUGCCCAAGCUUCAAGGCCUGGAGUAUGUCCUAAAUGUUACUGCCACAGACAACAAUGCAUCAGGCGGGCUGCACUCGCUGUCCUCCACCGCACGUGUAAUAGUGGGAGUUGAUGAUGUGAACAAUAACAAACCAAUAUUUGAAGAGUGCCAGCAAUAUCGUGAGCAGGCUUCAGUGCUGGAGAACCAGCCAACGGGGACUUUUGUGUUACAAGUGCAUGCUGUGGAUGCAGAUGAAGGAGCGAAUGGAAAAGUCAAAUAUGGCUUAAUGCACAGAGACAGCGUCAUGCCUGCCUUCAGAAUACAUCCAGACUCAGGAGCCAUUGUGACGGCCCAGAGGUUUGACAGGGAGCGGCAGCGAGAGUAUUCGGUCACAGUGACAGCCACUGAUUGGGCAGAAGAACCGCUCAUCGGCAUCUGUCAACUCACUGUCCAAAUAGUGGACGAGAACGACAAUAGCCCCAAGUUUGAGAACAUGCGCUAUGAGUACUUUUUGAGAGAGGACACUUUGGUCGGUACAAGCUUCCUGCGUGUGGCUGCUCAUGACGAUGACUUUGGCACUAAUGCGGCAGUCACUUACUCCAUGUCUGUGGAGCAACCUGAGUACCUGAAGGUCAAUGCUGUCACAGGAUGGGUGUAUGUAAACCAGCCCAUUUCACAGAGGACCUAUAUCACGCGAGACAUCAUUGCAACUGAUGGGGGGAACCGAAGCACCUCAGUGGAGCUGGCCGUCACCAUCACCAAUGUAAAGAACCAACCACCACAGUGGGAAGAUGAGAGCUACAGCGUCAUCAUCCCUGAAAACACCGCCAGAGACACACCCAUCGUGACAAUCAAGGCAACUUCUCAACUGGGUGACCCAAGGGUAACCUACAAUCUUGAAGAUGGGAUGGUCCCCGAAACUAACAUGCCAGUUCGUUUCUAUCUCUCGCCCAAUCGGGAAGAUGGCUCUGCCUCCAUUCUGGUGUCUGAACCACUGGACUACGAGACAACCCCCUUUUUUUCUCUACGAGUGCGGGCACAGAACGUGGCUGCAGUCCCGCUUGCAGCCUUCACAACAGUUUAUGUCAAUAUCACAGAUGUCAAUGACAACGUGCCAUUUUUCACCUCCUCCAUCUAUGAAGCCUCGGUAACAGAGGGCGCUCAAAUAGGAACUUCAGUUCUCCAGGUGUCUGCUCAUGACAAAGAUCUGGGUCUUAACGGAGAAAUCACUUACUCGCUGCUGAGAGACAGCAGUGGCGACCACCUUUUGUUCCGAAUAGAUCCCAAACUCGGGAUCAUCUACACAGAGGCCAUUUUUGAUCGUGAGGCCCGCAGCUCCUAUUUACUGGAGGUCCAGUCAGUGGAUGGCCAAGAGUCUGCUCGUCCCGGAAAAAACAAGCAGCCAAACUCAGACACGGCGUAUGUUCGUGUUUUUAUCAGCGACGUCAACGACAACAAGCCGGUCUUUGUUCAGAGGCUCUACGAAGUGGCCGUGGAUGAGGAUGCUGACGUGGGCUUGGCUGUUGUCACUGUCAGUGCUAAUGAUGAAGAUGAAGGGGCCAAUGCCAAGCUGCGCUACCAGAUCACAUCUGGCAACAAAGGUGGCGUUUUUGACAUAGAGCCAGAGGUGGGGACGAUAUUCAUUGCACAGCCACUGGAUUAUGAGAAGCAGAAGAGGUACAAACUGCUGGUUCUGGCCUCUGACGGAAAAUGGGAAGAUUACGCUGCUGCAGUGGUUACAGUGGUGAAUAAGAAUGAUGAAGCGCCUGUGUUCUCCAUGAAUGAAUACUAUGGAUCAGUCACAGAGGAACUUGAUGGGUCUCCGGUGUUUGUACUACAGGUGACAGCCACUGACCCAGACAAAGAUGCAGACCAGGGCGCCAUACGAUAUUCCAUCCAUGGCCAAGGGGCAGAGUCACACUUCAUGAUUAACGACAUCACGGGCGAGAUGUAUGCCCAGCGCACUAUGGACCGAGAAGAGCGUGCCGUCUGGCGCUUUGUUGUCAUGGCAACAGACGAAGAGGGCGAGGGAUUAACCGGUUUCACGGAUGUUAUUAUCAAUGUGUGGGACAUCAAUGACAAUGCGCCCACCUUUUCAUGCCUGCCCGAUAAUUGCCUCAGUAGUGUAGCGGAAAGCUCACCCCCUGGAACCUUUGUUGUGGAAAUGACAGCUGUCGACCUUGACGAUGCCGCAGUAGGCCAGAAUGCAAUUCUCACCUACCAGAUUACUAAGAAUGCGCAGAACAUAAACAGUGAAGACCUUUUCGCUAUUGAUUCCAGCACUGGCACAAUAUCAGUGGCAGCUGACGGGUUAGACCGGGAGUUGGUGGAGAGUUACCAGUUGGUGGUGGAGGCCCGGGAUGGUGGAGGAAUGACAAGUACAGCAACUGCCACGAUUGUCUUAACAGACAUUAAUGACCAUGUACCAAUGUUCCAAGAGGAGAGGUGUGGCGCCCGUGUGUCUGAGAAUGCUGAUGUGGACACUAUUGUUCUGGAGUUGGAUGCCACAGACCCUGAUUCUGGCACAUAUGGUAAACUGGCAUUUAGUGUGGUUGAUGGAGACCCACAGCAACAGUUCUACAUUGUCAGCCACAGACUGGAACAGAGGGGUGUUCUCAGGUUGAAGAGGAAGCUAGACUUUGAGAGGCCAGGAGAACAAAUGUUUAACCUUACUUUGAAGGUACAAGACUCUGAGUUCUCUAGCCUUAUUCAGUGUCUGGUUCUCGUGGAGGAUGAGAAUGAUAAUUCCCCUGGGUUUGCCCAGAGCUCUUAUCUUCUCUCCCCUUUGAAUGAGGACGUAGCUGUAGGAACCACUAUCAUCCAAGUAGCAGCCACUGACACUGACUCUGGUUCAAAUGGGGAGCUUUUGUACAGCAUUCUUCCUCAGUCUAAUCCCUUUGGACAUUUUACAGUAGACCAAUCCGGUGUUGUUACAGUCGCCAAGCCACUGGAUCGAGAAGCUGUCAGCGGUUAUGACUUGGUUGUUAUAGCGACAGACCAAGGUAGGCCAGCACUGACUGGCAGUGUUGUGGUCUACUUGCCAUUGUUAGACGUGAAUGACAACAGUCCGGAGCUGGAGGAAGCUUACACUCCUGUGGUUUGGGAAAACAGUCCAGCACCUCAAGUGGUCUGGCUCAACAUGAGCUCAACGCUGCUUCAUGUUGUGGAUAGAGAUUCCCCAGAGCAUGGGCCUCCUUUCCUGCUCUCCCUUCCUUCAGUUUACUCAGCUGACUUUCACCUUCAGGAUCAUGGGAACGGCUCUGCCACACUCACAGCCCUUCGGAGAUUCGACAGGGAAAGGCAAAGCAAAUUCCUCCUGCCAGUGGUUAUGACUGACAGCGGCUAUCCACCAAUGACUGCCACAAGCACACUCACUGUAACCAUAGGUGACCAAAAUGAUAACGCCCAUCAGGCAGGGGAGAAAGAUAUCUACGUGUAUAGGCGCAAGGGAAGGAUGGCAAAUGCAGAACUGGGGAAGGUGUAUGCACCAGAUCUUGAUGACUGGGACAACAAGACCUACACUCUGGAGACAAGUGCAGCCAAAUACUUUAGUCUGAAUCAGAGCACAGGUGUGCUGAGCAUCCGACAGAACACCCCGGCAGGGAGUUACUGGAUGAGAGUUGGGGUAUCAGAUGACGUAUGGCCCGAUGUGCUAUCCGGAGUCAGAGUUCAUGUGAGAGAUCUAGAGGAAAGGGCUGUUCUGUCGUCCGCCUCACUACGUUUGACAGGCAUAACCACAAGAGAUUUUAUCGACUCUCACGUCGAGAGGAAGAGUCGUCUGGAGACACUCUGGGACUUCCUGUCUGAGACCCUGUCUGUCAGACCAGGCAGCAUUAACAUUUUCAGCAUAGCCAACAGGGGGGAGAAAACAGUGGACAUCCAUUUCUACGUGCUGUCAGAUUCUGGCUACAUGCAUUCAGAGAAGCUGCAUGGGUUUCUCGCUGCACAUAAGAAGAAGCUGCAGUCACUGCUGCGUGUCAAUGUGAGCCAAGUGCAGGUGGAUGAGUGCGUGCACACCGACUGCAAGGCAUUGGGCGGAUGCUCCACACAGCUGAGCAUCGGUGAUUUGCCCACCCUUGUGGACUCUGACGUGUUGUCCCUGGUGUCGGUGACAGUGACGACCUCAGCUGUCUGUGGGUGCACCGCCAGGGAUAUGAUUCACAAAAGCUGCUCUUUUUACCCCAAUAACCCAUGCCUUAACGGGGGAACCUGCAUUGAUGCUCAAAAUGGAUACAGGUGCCAAUGCCCUCCUCAGCAUGACGGGCCAGACUGCCAGCAGCCAGGACGUAGUUUCCUUGGCAACGGCUACGCCUGGUUUCCCCCCAUAAAGCCAUGCUUUGAUAGCCAUCUUUCCCUGGAGUUUAUGACAGAGGAAGAUGACGGACUGCUUCUAUAUGCCGGCCCUUUGGCCACUCAUCUGCCUGGAGAUGUUGAAGACUUCAUGGCCAUAGAGCUUAUUGGUGGAACGCCCAGUCUGAAAAUAAACCACGGUUCUGGUACACUGGUUCUCCACUUAAUGAACAGUGUUGGCUUGGCUGACAGACGCUGGCAUCGCCUUGAUGUGAGGAGCAACAGUAAAGAAGUGCGCUUUACUCUGGAUCGAUGUUCCACUGCCAUUGUCAUGGAGACAGAAGGUGUGGACUCAUGGGCAAUGACAGAGGAUCGCUCAUCUUGUGAAAUUCGAGGAGUAACACCCAACCGUGACAAGCAUCUGAACGGAAGUCAUGUAUUGCAGCUCGGAGGGGUCAAUGUGAACAUGUCAUAUGAAUACCCACAGCUGCAACACAAACACUAUGCAGGAUGCAUAAAGAACCUACGUCUGGACAGCAAGCUCUUUGACCUUGGCUCUCCAGCCGAAUCUGCCAACAGCGUGCCAGGCUGCUCCUUUCGUAAUGACCACUGCACCAACACGGAGCAACAACAAGGGCUUCCCUGUGGCACGACUGGGCGUUGCGACAGCGAGUUGGGGUCUGGCAGCUGCCAGUGUGUACCGGGCUUUACUGGGCCACAAUGUGACCAGCCGGUUCCAGAGUUCUCCUUUGACGGACGCAGCCACAUUCAGUUCCAGCUGCAAUGGUCCCUGCCUGCGCGACAGAUAAGAGUCCAGGUUGGGAUUCGAACACGUGCCACUUCUGGUGUCAUCCUCAGCCUGCUCUCUAAGGAGCAGAAUGAAUACCUCCGUUUAGAGGUUGUUCAGGGUUUGCUGGCCGUUUUCUACAACCUCGGAGAUGGAGACCACAACUUGACACUGCCUUUCCAUCACCUGGAUGAUGGCGAGUGGCACGAGAUGGAACUGGAUCGCUUUGGCCGAGAGUUUACCCUGCGCGUGGAUGGGGGCGGAGGGCGGCGAGAGAUAAUGGCCUCUCCUGGGCGGAGUCAGGAGAUCAUUAUCGACCCCUCUGUUGUGAUGCUUGGAAACUCUUUCCCGUCAGGACACAAUAGAAGCUUCCUCGGUAGGUGGACUCAUAUAGGCUGCAUGCGAGAUCUGAGAUUUAAUGGUCGAUCCGUUCCCCUGGACAGGGAGCAGACUUCGGAUGGGCUUCAUGUGGUCUCUUCUCAGGGCGUGUCUCGUGGCUGCUCUUCAGAAGCCUGCAGCAAACACCAUUGCUCCGCUCCUCUGGUUUGUGUGGACCUGUGGAGGCAACAUGAGUGCAGGUGCCCCCAAGGCCACAUCACGAAGGAGAGCUCCACAGGCAGAGCGUGCGUCUACACGCUCUGCGCCAGCCGCCCGUGUCGCCACGGCACCUGCGUGGCUCAUUCGCCCUCACGCUACACGUGCCACUGCAGCGAGGGCUACCGAGGACGGCACUGCGAGGUGACGCUCGCCAUGUUCCAUAACGAAGACGGCACCAGCCUGAGCCUGAGCUCCAUGUUUGCCAUCAGCAUCUGUGUGAUGGCAUUUCUAGUGUUGAUGCUGGGCCUCUUCCUGUAUUCCUGCUGGAGGAGACACAAGGGCCUCAAAGAGGGCGUGUACCAUGUGUCAGCGCAACAUGGCGAGUGGGAGGACAUCCGGGAGAACGUGCUCAACUACGACGAGGAAGGAGGAGGGGAGCAGGACCAGAAUGCUUUCAACAUGGUGGAGCUGCAACGCUCCCUCCAACCCAGCCCGGCACAGUCGCUCCGCUACAGCUACCCGCAAAGCGCUGUUUCCUGCCCAGAGAAUAAGCCCUCCCACGAGGACAAAAGGAAGGGAAUGUCUAACGGGCACGGCAGCGCCAUCAUAGCCCUGCGCCUGGCCGUCCCACCGUCAGAGACGGAGACCCUGUCGUCUCCCCUGACACUUCGCCGCUCCAAGAAGCCCCUCUCUUUCUCCAGCCAGGACCUGGCCCGCUACCUGUGCGAGGUCAUCCGAGACAUGGAUCACCCGGAGGAACUUGGCACCAGGACCACACCGCGCCGUCCUUCCAGGAAGGAGCGCAGCCUGGCGGCGGUGCGCUCCCUCAGUGCAUCUCAGGGUUCGGAUAUGAGACAUCAGGGGGCCCCGAGCAGCAGGACGGACAAGUUCAGAACCCUCCGAGCUGUGGUCAGCGACCUGAGGGGAGACUCCAAGCCUUCAGAGAGCCAAAGAGACAAAGUGCAGGAGAGCAGAGGACAGCUGAACUGUGGGAAGAGUGGAUGAGACGCUUGUACAACCGAAGGAGGUGAACACGCUCCGAGGCUGGUGAGGAAUCCCACAGGGAACGCUGACUAAUUGGGAUGCUACAGUAUGUGCAGCCUGAAGACCAAGUCCACUAUAAAUGUACUGGAAAAAAUGAAGUGGUGAAGUUCCUGGGUAUAAAACGAAUGACCUGAUGUGAUGUAUUGUUUAUCUGGCAUUGCGCUGUACAGUACGGACUCCGCCGCGAGCACUUUUGGAAGCUCCUAGUGUUAAAAGUAUUCACAGCAAAAACACAAAUGCUAGACUUUUGAUUUUGCUACGUCAAGGUGUGAAUCAUUCAUGCUGACACAAAGCUUACGUCUCCUGAAUUUGUGAGUGUUACGGUAAUAGAAUUGUAAUCCAUCCACUAGGCAAGGCAGAGAAGAUGCUCAUUAAAGAGCAUGAUUCCAGUGCAGGGCUGGUCGUAAUGAAAGUUUACUGUAAAAUGUGCAGUUAUCUUACAGACGCAGCUUCACGUUGAUUUAUUUGACGCGGGAGAGAAGCUGUCAGUACAAUACAACAACCUGACCGGCUUCAUGUGAAGGUGUUGUGUUGCGUUGCAUGAUGCAAAUGUUGGUCAUACCACAUACUGACCGCUUCUCACCGCUAUAAAGCUACAGGAUGUAACUCAGUGAUCUCAACUGGCGGGUCACGACCGAAACGUGGGUUGCGGACCUGUUGUGGGCGAGUCUUGAAAAGAAAUACAGUGGAACCGUGGUUUUCGUUAUUAAUCCGUUACAAAAGGUCCGAUGGAAACAAUUUUUUUUUUUAAGUAUCAUGUAAAGGCUGUCAAUCCAUUCCAGACACCCAAAAUAUGAACACAAACACGUUUUAGAGCAGGGGUGUCCAAACCUUCUCCAGUGAGUGAAAAAUGAAAGGAUGCAAGAGCCACUUAGAUAUUCUGUAUGCCAAGACGUUACAUAUAUUUCAACAAAAAAAUGCAUCUCAGCUUUGUGACAUAGAUGAAAAAAAAGCCGUUUAUUAGGAUGAACUGUGUUUUUUGCUCUUUUUUGCACAUUUUUGCUGUUUUUUUAUUUUCUUCUUAAAUAAUCAAUCUAAUCAAAUAAUCUCUAUUAUGACUUCAUUCCCAUAAUAUUUUGACUUUAUUCUCAUAGAAUUUAUUAUUUUCUCCCCAACAUAAAUUUCCAAAAAUCACAACUUUAUUUGGUUUGUUUGUUUUUCAUGAUUUUGCAACUGAAAAAAAAAACAUUUUUUCUUUUAUAUUUCCACUCUAUACUCCUAAAAUUACAUUUUCUUUUAUACUCAUAAAAUGUUAACUUUCUUCUUGUUAGAAUAUUACUUUUUUCUUAAUAUUUUGACUUUAUUCUUUUUAAAAUUACAUUUUUUUCCCAUUACUGCUGUUUUUUUUCCAACUGUCUUCUUGUAAAUGUUCUUCUUUUAAUAAUGACUUUAUUCCCAUAAUAUUUCCACCUUGUUCCCAUAAUAUUGGAACUUUUCCCCCCAACCUUAUUUUCCCAAAAAAUUACAACUUUAUUUUGUUUUGUCACAAUAUUAUGACUUUUUUUUUUUAAAAUGUCUUUAUUCUUUAAUAUUUGAAGUUCGUGCUACUGACGUCGUUAUUCCUCCUAUUACGUUACUCUAAUAAAAUGACAACUUUCUCCUGUUAUAGUACAACUUUUUGUCUCUUAGUAUUUUGACUUUAUUCACGUAGAAUUACAGCUGUUUUUUUCCCUUUCUGCUGUUUUUUUUUUUUUUACUUUUCCAACUAUUUAAACUUUCUUUCUAUUUUCUUCUCAUAAUUAUGACGUUAUUCCCACAAUAUUUUGACUUUUUUUGUCAUAUUAAUCAUAUUACAACAACACAAAAAACAAUGUCUCUCUUUAACAUUUCAACUUCAUGCGACUAAAAUGUUUUUUUUCCUCAUUUUUUUCCUGAUUUUCUCAUUUUUGCUGGGUUUUUUUGUAGUUUUCUUGUUAAAUUAUGUUUUCAGAAUGUGUCCCGGGCCAAUUAAAAAACGGCCCCUGGGCCGCACUUUGGACACCCCUGUUUUAUAGAGAAUAAUUAUAGUUUUUACAUGCAAAAAACAAUGCAAAAUACAUAUGACUAAAUAAACAUUUGACGUGACUUUACCAUAGACAAGCAAACAGAUGAGUGGAACGCCUCAUCAGCACGAGGCACAGUACUUAAUAGGAGAAAGAAAGAAGAGAGAUAUGGAGUUGUACAUUGUUCACACACACACAUAAUACAGAUAAUUAAAGAAUUCCCUGGUUGGACCCUGUCUAGAGUGUCCCAACUCUAAAAGAACCACUAUCCAUUCUUCACAGAGACUGAGACACCCGCACAAGGAUGCUUGAAUGAAACACGAGUGUGUUUGGUGCCGUUUGGCUAUACGAUAAUCGAGACAUAUUUUUGGCAGUCAUUUUCGGCGAAAACCUACGCUCCACUCUAUUUCAUGUGCAUGUGGUCUGUCUUUUAUUUUGACAAUAUAAAAUACGCACACAGGCGUACGCCGUAACCGUAUUACAAGAUUGUGUUGAUUUUUUAAAAAUAAAAUAAUUAUGACUUGUGUUAUCGUUAUUGUGAGGAUCAAUAGGGACAUAUUUUUAAUUGUGUGGAUUUUAUGCUCUUUUUGUCGACUUAUACGCACGUAGUUGUCAUGUUUCAGGACCAAUUUGUUAAAAAUGUGCUUUUUGCACAUGUAGAUUAUGCUUUAGAGCUGUGGUCUCAACUGCGGGACUCACCGCUACCCCUCGGUGACCCAAACGGCGGACAAUUUUCAUCUCAAACUUCUCAAAUAUCUCAUAUUCAAAGAGGCUGUUGAAUGUGACCGGUCCACAUUGUGGACGGAAUUCCCCCACGCAACACAACGUGCUGCUGUCUGUCUUCAUGGCGCACUCUCCCCCAGCAGAUAUCUGCAGCUGUGUGUUGGAUUGAUGCCACAUGGUAUGUUGUGGCAGAAUGCGAGGUGCAUUCACAGACAUAUUCUUACUUUUUUUUUUUUUUUUUACCCAAGAAAAGACCCGCGACCCACUGAAGACUGCACCAGGUCGCGACCCACCAGUUGAGAAUCCUUACUUUAAAGUACCCAUUUGAUGGUAACCAGUCCAAGGCAUGACUGUGCAGUCAUCACGCUUACUAAGUCUCACCUGCCAGGUGUAUGGAUUACUAUUGUAUGCUCUCUGAUACAGGUUUUAACAAACUUUUGAAUGUAAAUGUAUUAUAUACAUUUGAGAAAAAUGGGUCUAGUUUGCCUCCACCAUGGCUGCCCUUUGUCACUGAUUCUGUUCAUUACUUUUAUGGACAGAAUUUCUAAGCGCAGUGAGGGUGUUGGUGGCUGCAGGAUUGGGUCUCUGCUGGCUUCAUUGGGCCAUGAACUUCAAUUCUCUCUGGAUCGGUUCACGGCUGAGUGUGAAGCAGCUGGGAUGAGAAUCAGCACCUCCAAGUCCGAGUCCAUGGUUCUCACCCGGAAAAGGGUGGAGUGCCGUCUCCGGGUCGGGGAUGAGAUCCUGCCCCAAGUGGUGGAAGAGUUUAAGCACUUCUGGGUCUUGUUCACGAGUGAGAGAAGGAUGGAAAGCGAGCUGGACGAGCGGAUUGGUGCAGCGUCCGCAGUGAUGUGGACUCUGCAUCGGUCCGUUGUGGUGAAGAGGGAGCGUUGCCUUUCGGCUCCGCUCAAUUUACUGGUCAGUCUACGUUCCUACCCUUACCUGUGGUCAUGAGCUUUGGGUAGUGACCGAAAGGACAAGAUCGCAGGUACAAGAAGCUGAAAUGAGUUUCCUCCGUAGGGUGGCUGGGCGUUCCCUAAAGCCUAGGUCACAACCGGACACACGAUUUUUUUGGCGUUCCCCAAAUCGCUGCGUUUUUUUGUUUGUUUGUGAAGAACAUAGUUGUGACCAUGAAGGAGUCAUGCAUGGAGGACAACCAAAAUAUCUGAACAUGUGUUGGCCGCACUAAUUACGUAUGUGGGGUGCAUGUGUGGCGCAUGACACACAUACGUAAUCCGCAAGUGCUACGUAGGACAAAAUUACACUCGCGAAACGUACGAAAGACACACGUUGGCCUUACAGACGACGCAGAAAGACAUACGAAGUGCGUAAGUUUGUCUUGCAACCUGUUUGACAUGACAAAGAACAUCUGCGGCCAGUUUAGCUUGAAAGUCUUCAGGUCACACGCACUUAAACACGGUCUCGGUGGGUUUCUUGCAUGUUUUGCACGUAGACCGGCCGUAAGAGCCCGUACGACCGGUUGUGUCCUAGGCUUUAGAGAUAGGUGAGAUGCUUCUGGGACAAACUCGGCGUAGAACCGUUGCUCCUCCACAUCGAGAGGAGCUAGAUGAGGUGGCUCCAGCAUCUGGUCAGGAUACCGCCCAGACGCUUCCUUGGGGAGGUGUUCAGGCACUUCCGACUGGUAGGAAGCCUCGGGGAAGACCCAGGACUCAUUGGAAAGACUUAGUCUCUCAACCGGCCUGGGAACGCCGCAGGAUCUGCCGGGAGGAGGGGAGUCUUGGCUUCCCUGCUUAGGCUUCUGCCCCCGCAACCUGACCUCGGAUAAACGGAAGAAGAUGGAUGAGUCAUGUUGGCAUACGGCGGAUCUUCCAGCUUUUAAGGUAUCCAUCCAUCCAUCCAUCCAUCUCCUAUGCCGCUUAUCGGGUUUAGGGUUGCCUAUCAAAUCCAUGGAAAAUGGCAUCAAAAUCAAAGGUGUUGCGUUCAUGUUUUGUUGUACGCGUUUAUCAUAAAAGUCAUCGGCGUCUGUAAGUGAUGUGGCAAAUUUCCUAUGAAAAUAUUUUGAUUGGCUGUUUGUGACUCAUGAAAUCAUUGAUGUGAUGAAUUACUUGCUUCAUUUGCCUUAUCAAUUUCCUUUGAA